AAAUGAAGAUAAAGCAGAGAAUCUUCAACAGAGUAUUGGAAUAUAACAUUAUUUCAGCGGAAAAGCUCCUUAUGUCUCAUUACGAUGUGAACGUUUGACAGUAAUGGAAGAAGGGCAGCUACCAAACAGCGUUAGUAGUUCAUGAAGACAUACUUUAGAGGAGAUUGCAGUCGUAGUUAAAGAAGUAAAAGGUGUCAGUGGAUUUAAAAAUAGAGAAGAGAAGUAGUAGUGGAGGAGUCAAAGUAAUAUUUACAAUCAUGCAAAUACUUUCAAGAAGCGAAAAUUGCAUCAAUACUAUCAGAGUAGAACUUCAAGCAGUAAAGGUUAUUGCAAGAUGUUUUGAAAUAAUAUUUGUAUUAGUAAAAUGAGAUGAAUAGUAGUAAAGGUUUUUGAGGACAGAGGCGUGAAGUGUGGCUGAGAAACGGCGAGGAGUGAUUCCUGAUGAAGUAACAAAAACAGUUUUGGUCAUAUUGGCUGAUGACGUAGUAUUGGCCGUUAUAUUUCUUAAAAAUAUUUUAGUAGUUGAGCAGGUAGACCUGAUUAUGAUAACAGUCUUAGUAGUAGCCAUGGAAGUGAUAAUAAAUUAGCAUUACUAGGUGAUAAAAAGUAGAAACAGUUUUAGCUUUACUCGCUGUUAAUAAUGAUUGUACUUGCUUAACUCAGGGUUGAAUAACUCAACAUAUGGGUGUGAAUAAAGGAAACCGUAAUUGCCUCACAAAUAUUCACUCUAUGUCUGUAGAUGCAUCUGUGUUCAACAUGGUGUGUGUUUUGAUAUUGGCCUUAUGUCCCCCUGACGCCACUGUCGUUGGGAAAACUGAGUCAUGUUACGAGAUAAAAUUGAUUAAAAUUGCAACAUGUGUAUUUGUAGAAUGAGUGAAUGUAAUAAUCGCUGCUGUACAAUUGUGCAUGAAGUAACUGAAAAAGUUGAAGAGGUAUUUAAGUUGUGGUGCUUCAGCAUCCAAAGUAAAUGAAGCAGAACUGCCGUUUAUAUAUUUACUACACUGCCCUUUACAUGUAGUUUAGUGAGUAUGACGCGUUCUACAAGUUUGUAUUCCUUGUCUUUCUUACAAUGUAACAGAUGGCUAUAAUCUGCUGUGUGGGCACCUCAGAGGUGACGGUGGUGUAUCAGAACGGGCUGCCGGUGAUCUCAGUCAGUUUGCCGUCACGCAGGGAGCGAUGCCAGUUCACCCUGAAGCCUCUCAGUGACUGUGUGGGAGUCUUCCUGCAGCAGCUCCAAGCUGAGGACAGAGGCAUCGACCGGGUAGCCAUCUACUCCACCGAUGGAGCGAGGGUGGCCUCCUCCACAGGCAUAGACAUCCUGCUGCUGGAUGAUUUCAAGCUUGUCAUCAACGACACCACGCAUCUAGUGAGGCCACCAAGAAGAGAAUUGCUGCCACACGAGGAGGCGGAGAGGCUGAACGAUGUCAAGUUCCUGGUGCAGCAGCUCUACACUACUCUGCGCAUCGAGGAGCACCAACUCAGCAAAGAGCGGGAGCUGAUUGGACGGCUGGAGGACCUCAACUCCCAACUGCGCCCCUUGGAGAAGGUGAGGGACGAGCUGAGCAAGAAGGCAGAGCGGCGCACCACCUGGGUGCUCUGGGGGGGGAUGGCCUACAUGGCAACCCAGUUUGGCAUCCUGGCCAGACUGACCUGGUGGGAGUAUUCAUGGGAUAUCAUGGAGCCCGUCACUUACUUUAUUACCUACGGAACCGCCAUGGCCAUGUACGCCUACUUCGUGCUCACACGCCAGGAGUAUGUUUACCCCGACGCCAGAGACCGACAGUAUCUGCUGUUCUUCCACAAAGGAGUGAAGAGGACACGCUUCGACAUCGAAAAGUACAACAAGCUGAAGGAUGAUAUUGCUGAGGUGGAGUUGGAUCUGAAGCGUCUUCGAGAUCCUCUCCAGCUUCAGCUCCCGGUGCAACAGCUCUCCAAUGGCAAAGAAUGAUGGGAAGAGUGAUCCCUCUCUGCGCUCCUGUAGUUCUCUCUCCCUCUGCCUUCCUCCCUCAACACUCCCUCCCUUUCCGCUUCUCCUCUCCGACGACCCCAUCCCUCUCUUUCUUUCAGUUGGUUUGUUUCUGUUUUUCUUCUUUUUCUUUCCCGACUGAAAGUGGAAUCUUGCUUCAAGAGGGAAAAGACGGUGAGAAUACCAGAAACUCUCUCAGAUGGUGAAGAUGUUGAAAAGAGUGAGGAGGAGGAGGAUGAUGAUGAUGAUAUUAUUAAUAAUAAUGAUGAUGAUGAUGAUGGUGGUGAUGAUGGAAUUAAACCCCGGCACUAUGGAUGAUGUGAAGGGAAACCUACAGGGACCUCCUGAGGACAAAACCAGGAACUGUCACGCAUCUGGACACUCCGGGACAGGGGACUCGCUGGACAGCGGCGCGCGUGUGGACUCGCGGGACAGGGACAUCCGGUCACUCUGCCAGGUGGACGCAGCAGUCGAACCGUCCACACACUUUUCGCGGGCCGGUGGAUCUUAUCUAAUAAAGUUUACAAGGAAGCCCUCGCCUCCAACGUGCCACGUCUGACUGCUGUCGCACCAUCAGAGACUCUCUCCUCCGCUGCCUCUCCCCUCCACGGGACGGACAUCAGUCCCCGGGUGACCUUCGUUGCAGGAUGCCUGGACGGCCUGCUUUCCUCUUCCUGUUGAUAAUCCUGUAGCGGCCCUGCGGUCUGCCCAGACAUGAGAGUACUACCGACAACAACAUCACUGUGUGUUCUUUUAUUCCAAAAAAAUAUUUUGGCACUUUUUAUUUUGAAAGCCAUAGUAUAUUUGUUAUGAGAAGAAUAUAAAUAAAUAUAUAUAUAUAUGUAUACAAUCAAAUAAACUGAUGACCAGAGGCUAGUUUUUCCUCAAUGGGGGGAGGAAGACUGUUGGACCAUUUUAAUGUUCGUCAUCCAACCAAACUGUGUUUUCACCGAACACGUCUUUUGUUAUAUUUGGUGAGUGUCCGUUUUUAUUCAAGAAUCUGGUGAUGAAAUUUCAAAUGUGCUUUGAUGAUAUAAGUUAGAAUGUGAAUUGACUUUUAUGUCACUGACCUUCUUCAGUACCAACGUUGCAGUUGUCAUACAAAACUCUGUUCUGAAUUUUAGGUUUUUAUUCCUUUUUGAACAUGAAAAAAGCUAUUAUGAUUCAUCUAAAAAUGUCUAAAUGUUCAUGUAUUUCACGCUCAUCUCGUUUCUGGAAACAGACAGGUGAAUAGAAAGUUUUGAUUUUGGUCUUCAGGCGAUGUAGAAAACCAGUUUCCUCCCCCCACUGUGGCCGUGAUGCCUCCCUGCUCCCUCGACGGCCCGGCAGGGUAGACUGCAUGCUGUGGUAUGCCCUCAGUAGAAACUUGUGAAUGUGUAGGAGCAUUAUCUCAACCGUGUACCCGAUCGGGCACCUUUUCUUUGCCACAUCGAGCUGAAGUCCCCCUGAAUCUGUUUGUCCUGAGAGCCUUCAGAAGCCUUCUCCGCUUAUUGGUCCAUUAUUGGGAUUGCGUUUGUUCAGGUAGUGGAAUGGAGAUCCUCUUUGGACCUUUCACUGUCAUUUUAGUUGUUUGUUUCCUCAAAGGGGACGGGUCAUCACCUUUGUGUGUGUGUGGUCAAGAUGGCUUUGUAGAUCUGUGUACUGGCUGUUAUAACACACAUAACUGGCUGUUGAACGUCCAAUUUUUGGUCCCAAAAAAUUGCGCCCAGGAGCAAAAGUCAUAUGCGAUUCAGUGCAAAACUUUUAUUUUUUAUGUAAAAUGAGUUAAUAAUUUGCUUUAAGGUGCAUUCACUGACCUGGUUAGCAUCAGACGCCAUGAGUCUAACUUGGAUUCAAAACAAUGGAUGUUGCGUUGACCUGUUUCAAAAUCGCAGCUGCCGACCUUAUUGCUCCAUAAACAAAAAACAGAACAGCCUUUUAUGUGUUUUAGAAGCGGGCGAUACACAGAGCUUUCACGUCACCGCUGUUUAUUUCGGGACUCGUGCAGCCUCAUCAGUGUGUCGAAAUGGUGCCUUGUGUGAAGAUGGAUUUCACUGCUGGGGUGGUGGUCAUGUGACUUGAACACUUGCAUGUUUGAGGGUGAUGUGGUUUUUUUUGUUUUCUCUCGAGUGGGAGUGAAAUUGGGGGCAAAGUCCAGAUUGUUCAUAAAUCCCCGGCAGCUUUCUGGAUUUCUAUUUCUGCCGUCUCAUACACACACACACAAAUGGCCCCUCUGCUGGUUCCAUGUCCCGCCAUCAUCUCCUCCUUUUUUAAAAUCACUCCAUGCCUUUUGCUUUCAUUUGUUAAAAAAUACCUAAAUCUAUAAUAUAAGGAACUUUACUAUAAAGAGGGUGUUGCAUGAAUGUAUGUUUACAGGGGAAAAUUAUGUUAAAAUAAACGAUUUAUCAACAAAAAAAAAAAGAAAAGAAAAUACAGGAGAAAUCAUGUAAGAGCGUCAUUUGUAGAGAUUCUUAGCUAAUAAUGGACAAACUUGAGUCUGAGAAUCUGUCCUGCCAAAUCCAAGCCAACCAGCCGCUCUCCAUCACCUUGUUUACUCCGGUAACUCUCUUUAUUCUCCCUCGAGAAUGGAAAACAACUGUGCGAGGCGUCACUUGCAUCCAAAUAUAUCAUGACCUUCUUUCAGUUAUGAAUUGUGUGGUUGUUUUUACAUGCACUUGGAUUUCAAUGCCUGAAGCAGAAUAAAUCGGGUGGAAAUGAUUCUCCAUUCUGACCCCUUGUUUUGUUCUCUCGUCUUUAUGUUUCUGUUGACAUAUGAUGCUGUAAUGUUGGCAAAAAAGAACAUGUAAAAUCCUGUAUCAUUUAUGAAAUAUGUAUAAAAGAGAAAUGUAAUUCAAUUAUCAAUAAAAUCCUUAUCCAGGUUUUGGA